CCCCCCCCCUUUUUAUUUUUAGUUUUCUUCUUGGCCAUUUAAAGCUAUUGUUUGGCUGCUGAGAAAGUCAGGUUCAGGAAUCAGGUGGCUUGAAAGAGAUAGUGUAGCAAUUUAUUUUGAGAGUAAUUUCUUCUAAAAAUCCUGAUUCUUUUGCUAGCUACCUGUGGAGAUUGAAGAGCCAAGAUAGUUGAGAGUAAAAUGGAUGAGGGUUCGAUGCUUGUGGUUCAAUUAACUUCACUGCAAAAAGAGAGCCGUCAAUGAAGCUGCAGGAUUUUUGUUGCUGUUAAUUAUUAGGAAGCUGAUUUUGUUGAAAACAUGGAUCAAGUACGGAAGACAAUGAUGCAACAUGAAGCUUUGUUCAAGGAACAGGUGCAGGCACUGCACAGACUGUACAAUAUCCAGAAAGCUGCAAUGCAGGAAACAAGGAGAAGAAAUUAUCCUCAGGCUCAAGUGUUUGCAUUUAGUACUGAAAGUCUUGUGCUUGUAGACGGCCAAUUUUGUGGUUCUGUUCUGGAAGGGAAACCUUUGAGGCCGCCGGUCUAUAUUGCUGGUCGAGCACAUAAGCAAGAUGCUUUGGGUCUGUCUUUGAGUCCCUUUUGCACACUCAAAAAGAUUAAAGGUAGUGGUUCGUUAUGGAUUGAUGGCAUGGGGGCUGAAACUUUCCUCCCUGCUCAUAGUAAACCUUUGAGAAAUUUUGAUCUUGAAAAACUCCCAGAAGACGAUGCCGAUGAGUCUUCUGAUCUUGAAGGAACAGCAGAGGAAUGGAAUGGAAGCAAUUUGCCAGAUUCUACUGAAUCGUUUCAAGAUCUUGGAAGCAGUGGUAAAAUUGCAUCAACGGGUCCAAAAUCAGAACCAUACAAUAGUCAAGUUGGCAUGGACUCAUUUCCCAAAGAUCCCAACACAUGUUCUCAAGAUUCUUCAAUCCUGGAACCUCAAUAUUGUGAGUCAAAAGAACUUGAUGAGUUAAUCAUCCGAAGACCGAUUCACUUGGAGACAAACACCAAUCCGGAACAGCAAGAUCUGAACUUACCUGCUGUUGCAAAGGACUCAAGCAAUGGCAGCAAUAGCAUUGAGUCCCACGACGCAGAGUUCUGCAAGAAAAAAGAUACUCGCGAGGAAGACCUGGCAAGCCCCAGCAGCAAGGAAUUCUUUUUAUCUGAAUGCGAAGAGGUGGCCCUCAUCAACCAAGAUGUUUGGAGACCUUCAGUCUCCUCUACCAAUACAGAUUCUGAAAUCAAACAAACAGACAGCUACAGACAUUCAAACAGCGAACCUGGAAACAUGACAAGCUCGGAGAAGCCUCCUGUUGCAACAGAGGACAAUCAGAACAGGAAGGGUAACUCAAUCCUGUAUGAAGAGUGUGAAACAAUGGCAGCUGAGAUUUUGCUCAGUUUUGCACCCAAUAGACCACAGGUUGUUACUAAAAGGCAUGCAGGGGAAACUGAGCCAGGUAAAUCUUAUGGAGACUUUGCAACUACUGAAGAGAAGCCAAAUUUGUGUCAGAAAAGAUGUGCAAACUUCAGCAAUGGAGGUAGAGUAUACGAAUCCUUGAGCUGGGAAAAAUCAGCUAACUGGAUGACGACUGUUAAAAGACAGCGGCAACUAGUUCCUGCAAGAAUUGUUCCUUGUAACGUUGUUAAUCUUGCAGAUGUAAACAUCACCUUAUGAAUGUCUCUGUGCAAAUUCUAGUUGGAAUUGGCACUUGUAUUU